UCGAUUAGAUCAGCAGCGGAAUUAAAGGACGAUGAAGAUAAUUCCCCAAUGAUGAGAACAACAGCCUUAGAAGAAGUGAAUGAUGUUGCUGAUGAAGAAAAGGAUCAAGAAACCAAAGAUGCAUCAUCUUCCGAAGUGAAUAUUGUUGAGGAAGAAGAACAAGAACAAGAAAUUCAAAAGGAAGAAAAGAAGACGCCACAAAAGGUUACUCCCUUGCCAUGGGAGAAUCCAACAGAGUAUGGAUAUUAUGUGGGAUUGGUUGCAUCUGCAUACUUUUUAUCUCAGUUCAUUAGCUCAUUCUUUUGGGGAACUAUUUCGGAUAGUAUUGGAAGAAAACCUGUUUUACUUUUUGGAACUUUCUUUGGUGCAAUUUGCGGAUUAAUGUUUGGGUUUUCUAAAUGGUUGUGGUGGGCAUGUGGUUGCAGAUUUUUGUUUGGUUUAUUGAAUGGUAAUUUAGGAGUUGUUAAAAGUUAUUUGGGAGAAAUCACUGAUAGUACCAAUCAAGCAAGAGCAUUCUCAUUGACCAGUAUUACAUUUGGUUUGGCAUCUGUACUUGGGCCAGUGUUGGGUGGUCUGUUUUCGAGACCACAUCAACAAUAUCCCGAUUUUAUCAUACUCUUCCCAGAGUGGAUACAAGAUUUCGUUAUUCGAUUCCCUUACGUUUUACCAAGUUUUUUCAUUUUCUGCUUUUACAUAGUUGCAUUCGUGUUGGGUUGUUUGAAAUUAGAGGAGGCCAAUAAGAAUACCUGGUAUUAUAGAAGGUUUAUUGCUAAAGAGAUAGUUGAUAAUAUUGAUAAGGAAACUUCCAAAACCAAAUUAAUAUCAUCAAAUAAUGAACUAGAAGAAGAGCAAGAUCAAGAGCCAAUUAUUGUUAAGAAAUCCAUGUUACAGAAAUUCAAGAAUAAGUUUAACAACUUCAAAAGUCAUGAAAUGUUAUCAUCUCCUAUUCCAUUGCUGACAUGUUUCCUCUACUUGAUGUUGGGAUCGAAACAAAUCUUAUUUGAUGAAUGUUUACCUCUCUUUUCAUUACACCAAAAGAGUUGGGAGGAUUAG